AUGGCGCCGCCGCCCUCGGGUUCCCCGUUGAUCGCCCUGGCCGCCCCGAUCACAGUGCUGGUCCUGCUGCUCGCAUGCGCGGCUCUGCGCCGGGCCGUGCGCCGCCGCCGCUCCGCCAUCGGCCCUUCGGCGCUCGAGACCUUCCCGUGGUCCUGGCUCAGUGUCUGCGUCGAGGACCGGCGAGCGCGCCCGGACCCCUGGGGCGAUGGGGACGGCUACUACUACGCGCAGUGUGUCGUGGGGUCGUACGCGGUCCAACAGCCGCAGCAAACCCCCAUGACGGCGGCAGUUGUGGAGCCCGACGCCUGCCGCGGGAAAAGCGAAAAGGACCAAGGAGGCGACGGUGUGACAUCGUCAAUGACCUCGCCCACGUUUCCGAAACCCGUCUUCCAUUUUGAGAAUUUCGAUUUCGCUCGAGCAGACGGACAUGACAAGGGUGCUCUUGGCAUCGACAGUGGAGGUGACGGCAGGAAAGAAAUGCCCCCUGAGCCCGCGCGCAAGAUCUGGCACGACUCCGAGGAGCUGGGCGGAAAUGUGUCCAAGCCACCGAUAUUACACCUCCCCUUAGAUAUCGGCGCGCCAGAAGAUCGCUGGGAGCUGGAAACAAAGCAACUAGUCGCAAAAUUCUGUACAUGAGAUUCCCUAGGCAGCGGCGCCAUGCCAUACGCAAUGAUGCAGAUCUGCCAAAGGCAGCAAAGUGCCCAUGAUAGAUGUGCCGCGAAUGCUCUGUGUUUAGCUUGCCGCCCAGGGAGAAUGGUGGCUAUGUGUCACCUCCUCUCGCGCAUGCUCUGC